AUGGAACGGGCAGUCCACAAUUUAGAGCUAGUUCUGGAGAACGGAGUCGAAGGCCAGUCUGAAAUGAUAAUAGAUGUACUUAAAGACCUUGUACAGGCGUCUUUAAGAAGUACAGAUGAGGAAAUCGCAAACUAUGAACUGGAUGAAAUGUUAAUGGAAUCCUUGGAUAAAACAUCGUAUGAAGAACACAGAGAGCUUGUGGAGAUGCUUCCAGACCUCAUUUCAUGUAUGAGAGAUCCGAGAAACAUAGUCCCUGCAAUAGAAAAAUACUUUGACCCAAAGUGCGACUUUUCGAUAGAUGCUGCCAAAGUAAUGUUUGUGAUGAAAAGAGAUUUCGGGUUUGAAUUCGAUGGUUUUUUGAGCACGCUUUUUGAUUGUGUGAGUCCUAAAAAUAUCGAGAAGGAUAUAGAAAGGAAAUUGCUGUUUAUUUUAAUGGUAUUGGGGGAUAACUCCGUUCCAUUGGCUGUGGCCAAGGCCUUCAUCAAGAAGCUAUGCAGUAUUUCCCUGCAAAUGAAGUCUUCUCACUGUCACAAGAUACUCUGGGCAGUGUUAUGGAUCAUGAGAUUCCAUCCAAUGGCAUAUAUAAUGGCAAGAGAAGAUGGCUUCAGAAAGGAUCUCGAAUGGGCUGAAUCCAUUACAAUGGAUAAGUUCCAGCCAUAUCUUUUUGAGCUUGAUAUAUUGAGUGAAUCCCUAGAGGGAAUCAAAAAGAUUGUUAAUCUGAUAAGACGGGAGGCUGGGGAUGCCAAAAGCAGGCCAAGGUUGCUAUCCUUGAGUAAUAUUACAUUUCCAAGAUUAGAGAUUUAG